AUGCGCACCUCCUGGAUGGCCACGAACUUACCAACCAGGUCCGCGCACAGCAUGGGCCGAGGCAAGGGCUCAGCUUUGUUCCUAGGCGGCAGCGAAGUGAAGAGCCGUGCCGUGGUAAAGUACUCCUCUGCCCCUCCUCGCACAGCCUUUGCCCGUCUAGAAGAAAAGACGGACUUGAAGCUCCCACCGGCCAACUGGCUGCGGGAGAGUGCCAAACUGGGGCCGGCUGGCACCACCAUUCUUGGCAACAGUAAGAAAAGCAAGCCAUUUUCCAGUUUCGGCAUGGCUUACGACUUCAUCGAUUCGGUGGGCAAUGAUGUGGACGUUGUCUCCGACUCUGAGAACAUAAAAAAGCUCCUGAAGAUCCCUUACAGCAAGUCCCACGUGAGCAUGGCAGUCCACCGAGUAGGAAGGACGCUCCUGCUGGACGAGCUGGACAUCCAGGAGCUCUUCAUGAGGUCCUCACAGACUGGGGAUUGGACCUGGCUGAAGGAGUUUUACCAAAGGCUCAUUGACCAGAAGUGGCAGAGGAAGAAGAAGAGCAAGGAGCACUGGUACCAGAAGGCGAUCCUGUCAAAGUUUUUAUAUUACAGUAUCAAUGGUGACGGAACUGCCCAGCCCGUCCCGUCAGCAGCAGACCAGCAGGAGUCGGCCAGCCACGACCAGAUGAGCAAUUCGGAAGGGGCUUCGUGGCCGGCCCCCUUUGAGAUGCCACCUUCCGUUUCCGAAGACCCCGGUGCUUCUAACCAGGACAGUGAGCCUCUUGAGCCCACAUACAUAGUGGGGCAAGUGACCUCAGCACCCCAAGACCAAACCCUGACUCCUUUAUUCAAUGAUGGGGAGAGCAGUCAGGGUCUUAAAAAUGAUUUUGUUCGGAAUAUUCUGUGGACCUUCGAAGACAUCCAUAUGCUGGUUGGCUCCAACAUGCCCAUAUUUGGAGGCGGCAGGUACCCGGCAGUCAGCUUGCGCCUCAGGGAUAACAACAAACCAAUUAAUGUGCUAACUGGAAUUGAUUAUUGGUUGGACAACUUGAUAUGCAAUGUGCCCGAGCUUGUGAUGUGUUUCCAUGUGAACGGGAUUGUGCAGAAGUAUGAGAUGAUCAAGACGGAAGAGAUCCCCAAUCUGGAAAACUCCAACUUUUCCACUAAAGUCAUAAAGGACAUUGCACAGAACAUCUUAUCAUUUCUGAAAUCCAACUGUACCAAAGAGGGACACACCUACUGGCUCUUCAAAGCAAGCGGCAGCGACAUAGUGAAGCUCUAUGACCUCACGACCCUGUGUGAAGAAACAGAAGACAAGUACCAGAACCCCUUCACCAUGCCCGUGGCCAUCCUCUUGUACAAGGUUGCUUGCAGCAUGAUGGUGAAGAAGGGCCAGAAUAAGAAGUACUACGGGACCGUCAGGACGCUGCUUCUGAAUUGUGUCAAGCUGUUGGACAAAAGCAGGCAUCCGCAGAUAAUCGCCUCGGCCAAUUACAUGCUCUCCGAGCUUUUCCAGCUGGACGAGCCUAAGACAGAGGAGAGUGCUGAGUCGCCCCUCCAGGAAAACUCGGAAGAAAGCUACAGCGAGGAGGAGGAGGAGGAGGAGGAGCUGGCCGACAGCGAUGAGAACGGCUCAUUCCACGCCGGCUCUGACCCGGCGGAGGACAGCAAGGCCGUGGCCAUCAUCAAGUCUGUCGGGGAGCUGUCGGUGCCUGAGAAGUACAAGUCCACCCAUCAGAUCCGACCCAGCUGUGCGUUCCCAGUUUGCCACGACACAGAAGAGCGCUGUCGACUGGUUCUGAGCUACGUCCUGGAGGGUCUGAAAUCCGUGGACAGCAGCAUUAAGAAAGACUGCGACCUUCCCGCAGCAGACCCCAACACCCCGAUCCCGCUCAAAUACGGAGACGAGUGCUCGCGGGGUGGGCCCGAGGGCUUGGAGAAGCAGAUGGCCUUGUUUCUGGACAAGAUGGGCUCGCUGCAGAAGGGACACUGCUCCAGCCAGUCCGGGAUGACCCCGGGCUCCUGGCAGCACAAGAUGAAGCUCCAGCUGAUCCUCAAGUCCUCCAAGGCCUACUACGUGCUGUCGGACGCGGCCAUGAGUCUGCAGAAGUACGGCAGGGCCCUGCGGUACAUCAAACUGGCUCUGCAGAGCCACGACACUUACUGCUGCCUCUGCACCAACAUGCUCUCGGAAGUGCUGCUCUUCUUGUCUCAGUACCUGACGCUCUGCGGAGACAUCCAGCUGAUGCUGGCCCAGAACUCCAGCAACCGCGCCGCGCACCUCGAGGAGUUUAACUACCAGACCCGAGAAGACCAGGAGAUCCUGCACAGUCUGCACCGAGAGUCCCCGUGCCAAGGAUUCGCGUGGGCAACUGACUUGUCGACAGACUUAGAAAGCCAGCUCUCGGUGAGCUGUAAGUGCUACGAGGCUGCACACGAGAUCCUGCAGUUCAGUGAUUUGAAGGGCCAGAACCCUGAGCACUGUGUGCAAGUCUUAAAGCGCAUGGGCAACGUCAGAAACGAGAUCGGGGUGUUCUACAUGAACCAGGCCGCGGCCCUGCAGAGCGAGAGGGUAGUGAGCAAAAGCGUGUCUGCUGCAGAGCAACAGUUGUGGAAAAAAAGCUUUUCCUGUUUCGAAAAGGGGAUUCACAACUUUGAGUCCAUCGACGAUGCCACCAACAUAGCGCUGCUGCUGUGCAACACGGGCAGGCUCAUGCGCAUCUGCGCACAGGCGCACCGUGGGGCCGGCGAUGAAUUCAGACAGGAGUUUUCGCCGGAAGAAGGCCUGUAUUACAAUAAGGCUGCCGAUUAUUAUUUGAAAGCUCUCAGGUCACUGGGGACACGAGAAAGACACCCUGCUGUUUGGGACUCUGUGAAUUGGGAGUUGUCCACGACGUACUUCACCAUGGCGAAGCUGCGGCAGGACUAUGCCCCAGUGUCCAGGAAAGCACAGGAGCAGAUCGAGAAAGAGGUGAGCGAGGCCAUGAGGAAGUCCCUGAAGUACUGCGAUGUGGACUCAGCCUCCACUCGGCAGCCACUCUGCCAGUACCGGGCCGCGACCAUCCACCACCGGCUGGCCUCCAUGUACCACAGCUGCCUGCGGAACCAGGUGGGGGACGAGCACCUGCGGCGGCAGCACCGCAUGCUGGCAGAGCUGCACUACAGCAAGGCCGGGCGGCUGUUCCAGCUGCUGAAGGACGCCCCCUGCGAGCUCCUGCGAGUGCAGCUGGAGAGAGUGGCCUUCGCGGAGUUCCAGAUGGCCAGUCAGAACAGCAACGUGGGGAAGUUGAAGACAUUGUCUGGGGCCCUCGACGUCCUGGUGAAAAGUCAGCCUGCCUUCCAGCUCCUCAGGAAGGAGCUCACGGAGGAGGCGGACCAGCCUGAGGGUGCGGAGCCCGCCCCCGCCAUGGAUUCGUCUCCAAACCGCAACCGAGAAGAAGUGACGAAGCUCCUGGACAUAUUUGAGUCUCGGUUGUCGUUCCUCCUCCUCCAGUACAUCAAGCUGCUCUCUUCCACGAAGAAGAAAAGCACCAGCAAUAACAGUGAGGAAGACCCUCUCCUGAAAAACAACAAGCAGAUCUACUCCCAGCUCCUGCGGGCCAUUGCAAACAGGGACGCCAGCCUGCUGCACAGAGUCAACGUUGUCAUCCACCUGCUGGACCAGGUCGCUGCCCAUGGGGCUGGGGGCAGUGGCAGCAGCAACACUGCCCCGUGACAUCCCCAGAAACGCUGUCAGUGCCUUCUGAACUUGAGGGGGAGGGGCUCCGUCCUCCAACUGAGGGGAACAUCAGCCACAGGUGGUCUCAGGUGUGGCUCUCAGUCAGACUCACAGGUGCCACCUGGGUGUCGUGGUGUGCAUGCCCCCUCAUCCUGAGACUGGCUCCGGUACUUGUCCCUUCAGGUUUCAAAGUGUGCUGAGCUGGGCGGGGGCGCGGAGAUUGGGUUCUUUUGGAUAAAAUGUUACUUUGGCCAGUAGAAUGUUGACCCAGUGAUUUCACUGUCCCCAGAGGCUUCCAGUGCGCCUGCCCGCUGCAGAGCCCCUCCUGGGGCCCACACCCGCAGGCUGCCCUGCCCACUCUGUGCCCGGUCCAAGACAUUUUUGGACCUGGCCCAUGUGCCCAAGGGGUUGGCUUCUCUGAUUUUAUUGAUAGGACAGUUGAUCAAGAAUAGGUACUACCCUUUUUAUUUAGUUCUUUUUAAACUCAGAACUGUGAAUAAAGUAAGAAAGCUAUUUUGAAUAAAUAAACUAUUUAUUUUAAA